CGCAAACAACAAUCGUUAUCACAGUAUAGAAUCUUGCUCAGCCACGUAAAUACACCCAGAUUUGCAAAACAUAAAGCGACUGCAACGUUUUAAAGUGUUAUCAUAACAGUAAUGAACCAGUUUCCUUUAUUAGGAUUUUAGUCCAAAGCAUUAAAUAUGUUAAACAUUUAUAUGAGUUUUUAUUUUUUAACGAAGCACAUGUGGGCAGGUUUGCUUGCUCAGUCUUUACCUCGACUAAAAACUUAAAUAAUUAUCAAAGACAAAAACUGUUACAUUAAAAAGGUGCGCGGAUUAUAGAAAAACGUCUGUGGAAUGUCUGAAGUAAACAUUUGCAUAGUUUGUUUUUAUUCUGUGUUUAUAUAGCCACAGGUACAGUUUUAGACAUAAAUGCAAAUACUUAUAUUAAGCGUGCCAAAUGCGUACAUGUAAAGUAAUUCCUCUGGCUAUUAGAUUUUAACCUUUUGUUAGUAUUACUGGUUUAUCCACAAUUUUUACUAGUUAUUUUCACUGACUGUGCUGAUAUUUUGGCAGUUUGAACUAUGGGCGUGUUUAACUGCGGCGCUGCGUAUGCGCUGCGUGCGCAGACCGAUCAGCAUAUGACAUCAAAGUUUCGCGAGAAUUUAUAAAUGCCGUUAAACGAAUCCUAUGAAAUGAAUCUAGUUCACCUGCAGAUGGCAGACUUCUCAAAUCUGUCCGGUGAAAGUUCAUUCUAGACAGAAGAAGAAGAAGAAGCUGGACUUCAUUGGUUACUGUAGCGGCGCUUACAUGAAAUAGUUUAGAAAACAUUUCUGUCAUACUAAUGAGCUGUCUGUACGUGAAACAUCGUUUAUGUCUUGAACUUAGGUUAUCGUAAAGAAUGUAAUAAAAGCUUGUGAUGGAGGCGAUGCGGUGCAGUGUGGAGUAUUUAUCUGAGUUCAGUGACUGUCAAUCAUACAAAACGCACAUCAUUCAAGACGGCACAAAUUUGCUGUUGACCAGCGGAGACCCUCAUGUACUUGUGUUUCAUAUCCAGCAAAGAAGAGUCACGACCGUACUGCACUUUGAAACUCCAGUCACAUAUGUAGCACUAAGUGAUGAUAAACUUCGACUUUAUGCCCUUUGUGAGAGCGGUGGGCUUUACUGCAUUCCUCUGCCAACGAGUACAGACCCAGUCGUGACCAAAAUCUCAGAUGACUGCAUUGUCCUCAGAAAUGUAAGCCUGCAAGCAGUCAUCAUAGUCGAGAAGAUCCUCGUGACCCUCAGUCUUCACAAGUCCAUCUGGAGUUUUGAUGUCUACGAAGAGCCUGGAUCCAAGCCACUUCAUAAACUUGCAUGUUUCCGGGUCACAACCGUCAACACACACGCGCAACACGACUCUCUAAACACCACAGAAGAUUUAAUAAACAUAGAAAAAAAUAGGAAAUCCCUCCCUGUACUGACAUGCAUAUACCCCGCAGUCUCAACGUCUCUCAGAGGUCACAAGUCGGACCUCCAUUAUAAUCUUGAGCUUCGUCUCUUCAGGCUCUUGUUUGGAGUAGAUGCCUCUUUGGUCAAUUCUCCAGUCAUUCUGUGUGGUUUACCCGAUGGGCGUAUUUGUUGCUUUCCUCUGCUCCUCCCCCAAACGUCUGGUCCAAAAGGUGAGCACAGGUCACCAAUAAGAGUGCUGCAGAGCUUAGAACAGCCAAUCGUCUUUCUUGGAACCUGCGACUCUGGGGAAGGUGGACCUCAGUGUCUUGUCGCAGUUGGUCAAAGAGGCAAACUUUUGGUGGUCAGAAGCAAGGAAGCUGGUUCGGAAAACAAGAAUGCAGAUUACAGUUUCAAUGAACAUAGCAUACGAGGACCAGUGCUGUGUGCCUGUGUUGAUGAUAAAUGCCUUUUCUACAGCUCACUUAAUGACCUACAAGCUCUUCAACUUACCAAAACAUCAUCACCAGAGGAAGCAACCGAAUCCCAGCUUCCAGCUCUGAGCUCAAACAGUCUUGGUGUACAUAGGGUUGUAGCACUGGCUGGGCCAUAUACUAAUGCCACAGUUGAAGGAUCUGCGCACCUUUUGGCCUUAUCCUUAAGUGGAAAGCUCAUGCAGGUGAAUCUUCCACAAUUGCACGAUAAAGAAAACCAAUCAACGUUCUCCUCGUCUCAAGCAGGACAGAGAGUGAAAGAUCUCCUGGCAUCCAUUGGAAAUGUUUGGGAGAAGGCGGAGUCCUUGAAACAGAAACUGCAGGGGAAAAAUGAAUCUCUCAAGCGUCUAAAUCAGGUCAUGAAUGUUUGCAACCUCCUACUGAACAAUCUUGGGCAUCAAAAGGAAUUUAACAUGGAUAAGCAACCAGUCGGCUGUCGUGGUGUGGUUAGAUGGAGCUCGUUGCUCCAAAAGGACUCUUUGACUCUCAUGUGUGUACUAGAAAACACAAGCACGUUUACAUUGGAACAGGGCUGGACUUUGUGCCUUCAGGUGCACCCAUUAUCCCAAUCUCAGGAGUGCUCAUCCAGGACGUACUCAUUCCCAUUCAGGAAACUGGACUGUGGUCAAAAACUUAAUGUAACGAUUCCUAUCGAAAGGGUCGACGAGCUGCCAGUAAAUGUCUUUUGUUCUCUUGCUUUCACUCUUACUGCUUUAUUUGGAGCAUCUGAUUCAUCUUCCCAAUCUCUUGGCGUUUCCCAGCACACAAGCAUUGGGUCCAUCAGUGUACCUCUUAAUACAUUAACAGUGGACUGGCUAGAUGCUUUAAGGCACGAAGGAUCAUUUACUUCUGGACACAACAGUACUGCGGACACCAUCCAAGCAUUUUUGCGUUCAAAAGGAGUACUAACCCAAGACUCCGAUAUUGCUCCUAAAUCCGGACCUCUUGGGGUGGUGGUGAGGGUAUCGUCAGAGCUUCUAAAAAGCAAACUACACGUCAGAACCACCAGCAGCGCAGAAAUGUGUUCGUCUGUACUAAACUGGUUGGUUUCUAAGCCUGAUACAGCAGAACUUGUAUCUGUACAAACUCAAGUUGUGUGUGCCUACAGCCCUGAUGGACAACCUGUCAAGCUACUGGCUAAAGAGGUGACUUUGGGAGAUUUUAGUUCUGAAGGACCUCUAAAUGUCCUGGAGAUUUGUGUGGAGAGUUCAUCUAUGGCAGCGGUGUGUGGACUGCAUCAUGCCAUUUUGAGGCGUCUACAGGUGCUGCUCGGAGACAGAACCACAAAUCAUGGGCAUGCAAAACCAUUGCAAGCACAAAGACUGUGCGAAACUGUCCGGCAUGUUGAGUCGCUUUAUAAAGACCUUCAGGAUGCUUACAAUCAAGCUGCUCUUGGUGGAUCCACAGAAUCGAACAAAAGCUCUGAGAUACUGUUUCGCAUUUUUCUGGACCUGAGGGCAAACCCACUUGUCAUUAUUUGAAUUAAUUAUACACUACAAUAGUUGUAUUGUAUAAUUCAAAGUACUAUAUAUACAGUAAUAUACUAUCAUAGUGGAUGCUGUUGCUGUUUUGCUCCAAAACAUUGUGUCCUUUUCAUAAUCAAUAAAAUACUAUACAGUAAGUAUGUAAAAAGAUAGUACACAAGAAACAGUUUUAAACUUCAGUAUAACAUCUCCACACACAGGCCUGUAGUGCUUUUAUGUGAGAGAUAACUCAAUCUGUUAGUAUGUACUAUGCGUGUAAAAAUAAAGAUAUCAGUUUAAUCAA